AUGGCACAAAACUUCCAAGUCGUUAUUGUUGGCGCCGGACUGAGCGGUCUCCGAGCUACAAGAGAAGUCCACAAUGCUGGCCUGUCUUACAUCGUCCUUGAAGCAAUGGACCGCGUAGGAGGCAAGACCUUGUCCGUUCAGGCUUCUGACGGUAAUGGUGUCGUUGAUCUUGGAGCAUCCUGGAUCAAUGAUACAAGCCAGUCUGAGAUCUACAAGCUGGCCAAAGAGUUUGGCUUCGAUCUUGUUGAGCAGCGUACAGAGGGGAGUAGUCUUUACAGAGAUGAAAUGGGGCAGGUCCAUUGCAUCCCUUUCGAGAUGCCAGCAAAACUUGAGCCGAAACAGCUCAAGGAAGUUGAGCAGUUCAUGCAGAUUCUGUCGGAUUAUGCUGAAAGAUGUGACAUCGACGAUCCUUCUAACGUUCCAGACGCAAAGUACCUUGAUUCCGUGACAGUCGCAGAAUUUAUCGCGGGUUUCAAGGAUCCCAGUGCUUCACCCCUCGUCAACAGCAUCACGCGCAGCUUACUCGGUGUUGAAAGCGACGAACCCAGCGCUCUGUUCUUUCUUGACAUAUUGAAGAGGGGUACAGGUCUGAAGAACGUCAUCUCUGACUUCAAGGACGGGGCCCAGUACCUUCGUAAUCGGCAGGGCAACCAAGCAUUCUGCGAUCGUCUUGCUGCUGGACUCAACUCAGGCAGUGUGAAGAUCUCAAGCGCAGUGAAGGCCAUCACGCAGAAGGAAGGCGAGGACUGCCUAGUUGAGACUAUCAAUGGCGAUGUCUACAGAGCAAACAGAGUCAUCGUGUCAGUGCCGACCCCAUUAUACCCUCUCAUCCACUUCGAGCCAAGUCUGCCACCAGCCAAGAAAAAGCUCGGCGACUCUGCCAAAUCAGGAUAUUACAUCAAAACAAUCCUUGUAUAUGCAGAGCCAUGGUGGCAUUCUGCAGGUCUCUCAGGCGUGUAUAGUUCCACCGAUGGGCCAGUCGUCUUCACGCAUGAUACUUGCAUUCCGCAAGAUGGUCAAUAUAGUAUAACUUGCUUUCACGCUGGCGAUCCAGGGAGGAAGUGGUCGAAACUACCAGCUGAAGAACGAAAACAGGUUGUAUUGCAAGACAUCUGCACUGCAUUUGGCACUGUUGUGGAUAAUAUACCGGAACCUAUCAAUGUCAUUGAGAAAGACUGGACGAAGGAUCCUUGGGCUCAAGGCGGACCUGGUCCUGUUUGGAGACCUGGGUUCUUGGCGGGUGAGUCUGGAAAGGCGAUCGCUGAGCCGUUUGGGAAUAUUCAUUUUGUUGGGACAGAAACGUCUUCGGUUUGGAGGGGAUACAUGGAUGGAGCCGUGAGAUCGGGUAUCCGAGGAGGCCAGGAGGUUGUGACGUCCCUUGACAAGGUAUUUGGCUCAAGUUCCUGA